AUGGCGCCGGUGACUCAGCGAUCCGUGGUCUCCUACACCCUCACCGGCCCGCCGACGAUCGGCAGCCUUGGAGCGGCGCCAACCGCCACAGGCGACCUGUUCGUGGACCUGCUCGACGCCGGCUUCAACAAGGCGGGCGCGACGAAGCCGUCGACGACGGCGAAGGGGCGCACGGAGAACCUCUCGCCGACGUUCGUCUCCUCCGGCGACCCCUGCCUCGACUUCUUCUUCCACGUCGUCCCGGGCACCCCGGCCUCGUCCGUCGCCUCCCUCCUCGCCGCGGCCUGGGCCGCCGAGCCGGCCACCGCGCUCCGCCUCGCCUGCAACCUCCGUGGCGUGCGCGGCACCGGCAAGUCCGACCGCGAGGGCUUCUACGCCGCCGCGCUCUGGAUGCACGCCCAACACCCCACCACGCUCGCCCUCAACGCGCUCCCGGUGGCCCAGUUCGGGUACCUCAAGGACCUCCCCGAGCUCCUCCACCGGAUCAUCCACGGCGGCGUCUCCACCAGGACUCCUGGGAAGAAGGCCCGCCGCGCCGCCGCCUCAGGAGGUGGCUUCCUGGUCCGUGGCCGAGGAAGCGGCUUCGGUGGUCGUCGGGGACGCGGCCGAGGCGGCGGUUUCGGUGGUCGUAGGGGACGCGUUGGCACUAGCGAGGAGCGCGUCGCUGCCAGCCUCGAGCGCGACCGGAAGCUCUCCGCCCAGGCCGCCGUGGAGCGCAGAAGGAAGCGCGCGGAAGCCGUGGCCAGAGCCGUCGAGAGGUACAACCGGGACCCGAGCUACCGCUUCCUGCACGACCGCACCGCCGACAUGUUCGCCGACCUCCUUGCCGCGGACAUGCGGAAGCUCGUCGACGGCAAGGUCAAUGACCUCUCGCUCGCCGCCAAAUGGUGCCCGUCUCUGGACAAGUGCUACGACAGCUCCACCCUCAUCUGCGAGGCCAUCGCGCGCCGCCUCUUCCCCAAGGGCUCGGCGCCGGAGCUCCCCUCGGACUUGCCGGACGCGCACUACGCCUACCGCGCGCGCGACCGUCUCCGCAAGGAGGUGCUGGUGCCGCUGCGCCGCACGCUCAUGCUCCCCGAGGUCUUCAUCUCGGCGCGCGCGUGGGGGUCCGUGGCGUACAAGCGCGUGGCCUCCGUGGCCAUGAAGAACUACAAGGACCUCUUCCUCAAGCACGACGCCGAGCGCUUCGGCCUCUACCUCGCCGACGUGGAGGCCGGCAAGGCCAAGAUCGCGGCGGGCGCGCUGCUCCCGCACGAGAUCCUCGAGUCCAUCGACGACGCCAGCGGCGGCUCCGUAGCGAACCUGCAGUGGCAGCGCAUGGUCUCGGACCUGCUGUCGCUCGGAAAGCUCAGCAACUGCAUCGCCGUGUGCGACGUGUCGGACAGCAUGACCGGUAUCCCCAUGCAGGUCUGCGUCGCGCUUGGCCUCCUCCUCUCGGAGCUCAGCGACGAUCCGUGGCGCCACCGGGUCAUCACCUUCAGCGCGCGGCCGCAGCUUCACCGCGUCGAGGGCAGCACGCUCUCGGAGAAGGCCCGGUUCGUCCGCGAGAUGCACUGGGGCAUGAACACUGACCUCCAGGCGGUGUUCGACCAGCUCCUUGGCGUGGCCGUCGCCGGCAGCCUGCCCCCGGAGCGGAUGGUGAGGAAAGUGUUCGUGUUCAGCGACAUGGAGUUCGACGUGGCGUCGUCGAGGCCAUGGGAGACGGACCACGAGGCCAUCACGAGGAAGUUCACGGAGGCCGGGUACGCUGUGCCGGAGCUGGUGUUCUGGAACCUUCGUGACUCCAAGUCCGUGCCGGUGACGGCGGGACAGAAGGGAGCGGCUCUGGUGAGCGGCUUCUCCAAGAACAUGGUGAAGCUGUUCCUCGGCAGCGGAGACAUAUUGUCGCCCAGGGCUGUCAUGGAGAAGGCCAUCGCCGGACCCGAGUACCAGAAGCUCGUCGUCUUCGACUGA